GUAUAGAGUUCAUCAUGGUUCGCCAGACGAUAUGUGUAUGUGGUGCAACACGUAAACACGAGCCAAUUCGUAAUCUUAUCUACUCGACGCAACGAUUUGGUUCGUAUUUAGCUUCGGUGUGUGUCGCUCAAUACGAAAUGGACACGUAGUACUUGCAACGAACAAAAGACAACAUUCAUACAUUAAAUAGAGACAAUUACUGUCAUUUCUAGCGCGCAGUCAAAUUAUUUUAGGUGAGUAAAACAUCGUGUGUGAUCGUGUUUUCAUCGCCUGCCGCCGCGUAAAGUUGUGUAAUUCCCGGCAAUUCGGGGACUGCGUCCUUGACAGCAGUUGAUAUUUGCAAGCGAAGAGAGAGUGUAUGAAAGUGCGGGCUACGUAGAAACAGACGGGGAGUGAUUCAUUUAUACACUAAUGAAGUAAUGAUAAAUAAUCUGAAUGGCCACUAAAACACCAGUUUCGGCUCUUCAGGAGCUUAUGGCAGCUAGAAAAGUACCCCUACCCGUAUACAUCGAAGAAGGUUUCGGCACUUCGUUCAAAUGCACAGUUCACGCUGGAGGAAUCACCGCCGUAGGUUUAUCCUCCUCAAAAAAAAGUGCCAAACAUGAGAGUGCCAAAAAGGCACUGGAAAAAUUCGCGAUGCAAACAAAAACUCCUCAGAUUUUGAUUUUACAAACUAGUACACCACCAUCUCCUGUGGCGAGGUCAUUCACGAACCAUGUAGGAGAGUUAAACGAAUUCGCGUCAAAGCGAGGUUUACAAUACCCAAAUUAUGAAUGUGUCACUGGAACUGCGACCGGUGAAUUUUACGUUAAAUGUUCGUUCUUGGAAAAAGACAUUUUGGGAAAAGGUAUGAACAAGAAAGAUGCGAAACAGGAUGCAGCUGGAAAAAUGUUGGAACUAAUAAACGUCACGGAUCCUGUGAUUCUGAUUAAUAAUAGCUCCAGUGUGAUUAAUCAAACAGUGACAAAAUUUGAGGUUACAGAACGAGAAAAAAUAGUGGGUAUGUAUAAGGUUUUGUCACUGAACGAUGACGGAGUGUACGUUGAGAAAACGAACACUAUUAAAGCUAUUCCUGAGAUUAUAAUGACUGACCAUGAUAGCGUGGAUGUCCUGAAGGCGAAAUUAAUUCAUCAUGGGAUAAAUUACAGCAUGAAAGAACUACAAAACAACCCUUGUAUAAUGUACGUCAGAAUUAAAGGUACGGAUCUGUACUUCGUCGCCUGUGGCGACAGUCGAGAAGAAGCAACUAGGCGAGUACUUCAAGAUGUGUUUGAGGCUGUUCAAAGUGGCGUUUCUUUGAGUACAAACGAUUUAAUAAAUUUCGAUUAAUUUUAAA